AUGGCAGGUCUUUGUGACGAAGAACUUCACUUGGUAGAUGCUGGUUGCAAGGAGCCGACUCGGCGGGUAGUGCAGGAAGGUGAUGGAGUGCUGACCUUCGCGAUUGACCACUCCGGCCUCAAUGCGUGCACGAGCCAUAGGAGCGGCUUGCUGCGUCACUUCACUUUGGGCGAGAAGAUCACGCUGGUGAGGUCAUGGAGGGGCCAUGAGCAAGUUGUAGCAGAUGUCAGUUUCGAUGCCACUGGGUCCCUGGUCGCGACUGGGUCUGUUGACCGCACAGCGAAGGUGUGGGACUUCCAUGGCUAUUUCUGCACCCACAACUUCAAGGGCCACGCUGGAAUUGUGUCUCUUGCGCGGUUUCAUCCAGCCAGACUUCAGCUGGUUACAAUUGCAGACACUGAGGCUCGGCUUUGGGACCUGGAGUCUUCUGCAUGCGUUGGUGUGAUGAAGAACCACUUGGCCAGCAUCUCAUCAAUGUGUUUUGGCAGAGUGAAGACGCAACUGUUUGAGCUGGUGACUGGUGGCAGAGACCAGAUAGUCAAUGUCUGGGACCUACAGGGCAAAUGCUCUUUGGUGCGUUCCAUACCAGUUUUCGAGAAUGUUGAAGGUGUUAUGACUGUGCCUACAAGACACUUGCGUCAGCAAUGCAAGGAGCGAAGCGUCUUUCGUGGGGCUUUUGCUGACUGGAUGCGACAGGAUGCAAGGCUUCCGGCCUUCAUCAUCUUCACUGUGGGUAACGGAGGUUUGAUCAGAGCCUGGAAUCCGCUGGAUGGAAAAUCUGUAGCCAGCCACGCAUCGCCGCAUGCUGCAAAAGGUGAACUGCGGCAAAUACAUUGCUUGGAUACUGCGAAGGGGACCAAGAUGGUCACCAUCGGUGAGGACUUGAACUUCAUGAUGUGGUCACUUCCCGAAUUCGAAGUCUUCAGUCACAUCAUGGGGCACAAUGACGAGAUAGUGCACGUCCAACUCAUCCCACAGAUCACCUGGCCUCAAGAAAUGGAUGACGAGGCAGAUGCUCCCGCGGGAGGGCCUUUGAUCACUGCUGACCGCUUUGUUUGCAUUGCUAACGACGAGCACCCAAGGGUGGUGAGCUGCGAGGGAUUUGGAGCAGCCAUGCUAAGAGGUCACACUGACGUGGUGAUCUCCUGCGACGUAUCAGUGGAUGGUUCUUGGAUCGCCACGGGUGGAAAAGACCAGGUCAUCAAAGUGUGGAGCGCUUCCACAUGCGAACUGGCCAAAUCCUUAGCCCAAUCUUGCAGUGACAUGGCGGGCGAGCAGAAACAAAAGAGACAGUGCAGCCUAGACCUUUCGGAGGCUGGUUCAGCCGCAGAUCAGAAAGGAUUGACUUUGAGCGCCAAAGAGCUCGAGAAGGUUCUGGGUCCUGGUUCGACCGUAAAGAAGUCCAAAGUGACUGUCAUUGCGCAUUCAAAGGAAGUGAACGAUGUGCUGGUCUCGCCAAACAACAAGCUCAUCGCAUCAGGGGGUCAGGACAAGCUACUCCGAAUUUGGAAGUUUCCGGAAGGUGAUCUUCUGGGAGAGUGUGCCCAGACUGGGAAAAGUAUGCAUGUUGCCUUCCGGCAGCCCCUGGCACUUGGUGCCUGUGCUCUAGCAAAGGCCAUCGACGAGGCAUUUGGUGCGUUGCUUUCUCUCCCAUCGACCAAGUUGUGGUCCCUGCGCUUGAUCAUGCUACCUCGCAGCACCACAUGUUGGGGUCCGUCUGAAAGCAGUCUCAAACGAGAUAGCUUCAAUGACCUUAUCCGUCACAAGACCAUCAAGAAAACCAACGUCCCUCUCCUCCUGAUGAAGGCCAAUGUAAUGGGCAGAACAGCAAUGCUUUCGUUUCCAGCAGUGGGCGACUACACUCACACAACAAAGGGACUUUCAAAGGGACCAAAGGGACUUUCCGACGCCAAAAGCUGGAAACCGUCAGCCUCCUUCCGCUCCUUCAGAUCCACCAGUUUGUCAAGCAUUGGGAUGAAGUCUUUGCGCUUCUCCACCAGUAGUCAAGAUGGCCUUGGCUCCAUUCGUCAAGGAACGCCUGUGACUGAACAGCGGAAAGGAAGUGCCGCAGGAACAGCUCGGUAUGGCUACAUGCCACCUGAAGCUGGGCGUAUCGACCGGAAAGAGGUGAAGCUUUCCAGAUGGCUACAGAGCCAAGUUGAUGACCUCUAUCGAAAGAUGGAUGAAAAUGCGGAUGGGCGACUCACAAAGUUGGAGGCCCAACAUUUCUUCCAAAAGUUUGGGAAGAUCAGCAGUUCUGCAAUGUUUUCUGAAGUUGAUGAGAAUGGAGAUGGUGAAAUCCUCCCUUCCGAAUGGCGAAACUUUUGGGAGCAAGUCCGUGGAAAUGGGUAUAGUGAGGAAGACAUUUCAGAAGAGCUGCAGCAGUUGAUGUGCGGUGGUGUUUGGGUUGAUUUCCUAGAUGAUCGCACCGUGUCGGUCAAUUCGCGAAGUGAUGCAACCGUCAGACUUUGGAACUUGAAAGACUUUAGGGCAAUUCGCUCUUUCCAGGGUCACAGCAGCGCAGUUCUCCGCGUCGCCUUUCUGCCCAAUGGCAUGCAAUUGAUGACCAGCAGUGUGGAUGGUCUCCUGAAGCUUUGGCAUAUCAGGACUGCUGAAUGUGCUGGCACUUUUGAAGAGCACAGCAGCAAAGUGUGGUGUAUCGAUCUUUGUGGAAAACGCAUGGUCUCUGGCGGUGCAGACUCCAAGAUUUGCGUUUGGAGAGAUACUACAGAAGAGAUGGAGAAGCAGCGCCAAGAUGAAAAGGCAGAUCUGGCUCUGAAGGACUCUCGGAUAGCGAUGUUGGUUCGCGAGGGCAAGGUGGAGGCUGCUUUGACUUUGGCUUUGGACCUGAAGCGACCGGGUCAGAUGCGUCAAAUCCUCCUAGACCACACCAUGGACACUGUUGGCAGGAGCAUGUUCACAGGG